CUGCUUAUUUUUCUACACAAUUAGAGGAAAUGACGUUGUUUUCUUAGUCGGUUGUUAGCGAGGGAAAGUCAUGGCCACAGCUCUCUAAGUUGUCGUUGGUUAAAGUGUUAGUGGUAGUUGCGUGGGUCAGACGCGUUGUAUGCCAGCUUCAUUUGUUUACAAAAACACCGGCAGUCAGUGGAACACUUUUGCUUAAUUAACUACAGAACUUCAGACAUGGGGAACUCUGCAUCAAUGAAGUUAAACGACAAACGAAAAUGGCAGAGCGAGUCCGCGAUGAGUCCAGCGCCCCCCGCCCAGCGAGACAAAACAAGCGGCGCGACCGGCACUGCCAAGCAGUCGCUAGCGGCCAGCGGAGGGAAGUGUACGUACGAGAUGGAACGCGAUCGUUUGGGACUGUGGGGCUCCGGAGACGGCACGGCGGGCAGCCGGCUGUCCGGCCUCGACCGCCUCAGGCACCCCGGCCUCAACAAGGGCAUGGCAUUCACAAUCGAAGAGCGGCAGACUUUGGGUAUCCACGGCCUGUUGCCAGCGAGGGUGAAGAGCCAAGAGGAGCAAGUGCAGAUGUGCAAGCUGUCCAUCGACCGGUACGAGGACCCUCUCAACAAAUACAUCUACCUCAUGGGCUUACUGGACCGUAAUGAGCACCUGUUCUACCGGUUUGUGGGUGAGAACGUAGCCGACAUGAUGCCCAUCGUGUACACCCCUACUGUGGGCUUGGCCUGCCAGAAGUUUGGGCUCGUAUACCGCCGCCCUAGAGGACUCUUUAUCACCAUCAAUGAUAAGGGACACGUCUACGAUAUACUUAAGAACUGGCCCGAAACCGACGUCCGGGCUAUCGUGGUAACGGACGGCGAGCGUAUCCUGGGUCUGGGUGACCUGGGCGCGUGCGGCAUGGGCAUCCCGGUCGGCAAGCUUUCGCUGUACACCGCCCUCGCCGGCAUCAAGCCACACCAGUGUUUGCCCAUCACCUUAGACGUGGGUACUAACAACCAGACAAUGCUUGAGGAUCCCCUCUACAUCGGUCUCCGUCAGCACCGUGUCCGCGGGAAAGAGUACGAUGAAUUCAUCGACGAGUUCAUGACAGCUGUCGUGCGCCGCUACGGACAGAACUGUCUCAUUCAGUUUGAGGACUUUGGAAAUGCAAACGCUUUCAGGCUGCUUGAGAAGUACCGUGGCAAGUACUGCACAUUCAACGAUGACAUCCAAGGAACUGCAGCAGUGGCCGUAGCGGGUCUAUUGGCCAGUCUGCGUAUCACCGGCAAGAAGCUCUCAGAAAACACCAUCGUGUUCCAGGGUGCCGGCGAGGCAUCGCUGGGUAUCGCGGAGCUGUGCGUGAUGGCGAUGAAGGCGGAGGGCACAGCGGAGGCGGCGGCGCGCGCGCGCAUCUGGAUGGUGGACUCCAAGGGGCUCAUCGUCAAGAACCGGCCCGAGGGCGGCCUCAACGAACACAAGGAGAAGUUCGCCAAGGAGCGCCAGCCUGUACGCACGCUAGAAGAAGUUGUGGAUAUUGCUAAACCAUCCGUACUUAUUGGUGCCGCUGCAAUCGGAGGUGCCUUCACGCCAGCGAUCCUGCGCAAGAUGGGCACCUACAACGACCGCCCCGUCAUCUUUGCCCUGUCUAACCCCACCAGUAAGGCAGAAUGCACAGCUAUUGACGCCUACACUAACACCGAUGAGCGCGCAAUCUUCGCAUCAGGCUCACCGUUCCCGGAGUACCACACUAAGGAUGGACGUAUCCUAAGGCCGGGACAAGGAAACAACUCCUAUAUCUUCCCGGGACUUGCGCUCGGCAUCAUCUGUGCCGGGAUCAUCGACAUCUCUGAGGACUUCUUACUGCUCUCCGCAGAGGCGUUGGCAGACAUUGUUAGUCAGGACGACUUGGACCAAGGCAGCCUAUAUCCGCCACUCAAGGACAUUCAGAAUUGCUCCGUCAAAAUUGCUAAGAAGGUCUUUGAACAUGCCUACAAAUGCCAAAAAGCAUCAGUGUUCCCUCAGCCGCUGGACACGGAGGCGUUCAUCCGCGCUCAGAUGUACGACGUGCGGUACGCGCCGGCCGUGCCCCCGGUGUACGAGUGGCCGCAAGCCGACGUGCGCGUCGACAUGAUCUAGUGGGAGCACUCGCAGCGCUUGAACCUCGCCAACACUCACUCUUAACACCCGACGCGUGAUCAAUGCUACCUCCAUACUCAAGUAUGGCGGUACGACUAAUCUACAAGCAUCGGGUAGAAUGAGUUUUGCGACCUGUACCUCGCUUACAUAUUGUCAACAGAUAUAAAAUGUGAGAUAUUUGCUAGUGCGCCAUCUAAUCGUGCUUCAUAUACCUAUCGGUAGUUAAACAUUCCAGAUGUGUAUUAUGUCAGUACUGAAUCUUUAAUCGAGUUGUAAAUAUGUUCUCAUGUCUAUGUAAGCUGUAACAAUCGUAUGUACCUAUAUGAACACCUCUAAGUUAUCCGAGUAUGAUUUCAAGCGCUUGCAGUGUAGGUAUAAUAAUAACAAAUAAUCUUGCUUCUAACAUUGAUUUAAGUAGAUUGACCAACGGGCUGUUCUAAUGGAUUUGCAAGUGAUCUUAACGUAUGUGGCGGUUUAAGUGACUGAAAUUAUAUUUAUUACGAUUUAAAAUAUUAAAAGGCAUUUAUUGUGUCGCCUGAAGUUAUCUCUACGGUCGGGUCACACACCGUUGCUGAUAUCUCAAAACUAUCUACAUAGCGACUUUGUUAAUGUUGCGCGUGUGUGACGACUGUUACUGUUAUAUUUAUUCACCAUUCCAAAAGCAACCUUGAAAUUAGUUAUAUUUUGUACUUAAGUGUUAUUUAUUGAUAAAAUUAUGGCUUGGUAAGCUCUUAUAAAAUUUAUCAAGCAGGUUUUGUAUUUGUUUAUGUGAUGUAAUACGACGUAUUUCAAGAGCUGUUUGAGGUAAAACUCGCUUCUUUCAAAUUAUAGUAUAAGUUAAACCUUAAACUUGAACCAUGAAUAUACGGUAUUUAUAUGUACAUUUUGAAAUAAAUUGAUUAUAACAU